AUGGCGCACCUCUGCACGUCCUUUGCUUGGCCGCAGGCUCUCGAAUACGAAGUCGAGGGCCUUCGACCGGCCACGAAUUCCUGCCACGCUGACGCGGCGCCACUGACGAGCGACCACUGCAGCUACGCCAAAGGCACCAAGUGUUUUGCGCCCCGCGCGCACAAGGCGAACGGGCAGCGCCACACGCUCUGCGCGUACCACCGCGAGCGCUCCUGCAUCAACCAGCGCGCCGUGGACCAGCGAAAGCGGCAUCAAAAGGGCCAGUGGCAGUCGACGGUCGUUCCCGUGCGCGACCAGCGUCUCUUCUUGGACUUUGUCGCGACCCUCUGGGCGACACCACCGCCACCAACGCAUACCGCACCUUUCUAA